AUGACAGAGCCACAUAGUCAUCUAACCAAACUAUAUAACGACCUAUCAACACCUACGUUUUUCACUAAGAACUUGCACUCAACACCAAGAUCGUUGACAACAAAUAUUUUAAUUGUCGGUGGUUCUUAUAGUGGGUUGUCAACAUUAAGAGCUAUACAACUGCAUUUAUCAAAACGCUUAAAUGAGACAGACCCAACUAAAAGGAAAAAAAUUUCAAUAACAUUGAUUGAGCCGAGGAAUGGUUUAUUGAACAUUUUAGGUAUUCCGAAAUGUUUAACUGACAUUGAAUUCGCAGAUACUCAAUUCAUUCCCUUCAAUAAAUUGUCAAAUUGCAAAUUUUCCAAUAUUUUCAGCGAUUCCAUUUCACAAUACGAUCAAGAUGAUUCAUGGUUUGAGAAUAACCCAGACAGUUUGUUCCAACUUAAUUAUAUUCAAGGCAAAGUAUGCUACUUAGAUCAAUUCAAAGCACAGUAUAAUUUAAACUCUAAUGAAUUUGACAAAGGGAUAAUUGAAUUUGAUUAUGUUGUUUUAGCUUCCGGAAGAGAUAGAAGUUGGCCAACGACUCCACAUUCUCUAAGAGUAGAUGAUUUUUUAUCAGAAAUGGCUAAAGUUAAACAAGACAUUGAAAGGGCCGAUAUUGUUAGUGUUAUUGGAGCAGGUGCCGUGGGGAUUGAAAUUGCAGGUGAUAUUAAAACAGAAUUUCCUAACAAAACAGUUAAUUUGAUUCAUCCACAUGAAACUUUCCCUCCUGAGCCAUUGUCAUUAGAAUUCAAACGAAAAGUACAAGAGUCCAUUGAGAACGCCGGUAUUGAUGUCUAUCUUAACACAAGAAUUAAAAAAGAAAACGAAAAUGGGGAUUUAAUCACAACAAAUGAUAAAACGAUCCCAUCUAAUUUGAAUUUCUGGUGUUGUUCAAAGUCAAACAACACUGGCUUUUUAUGUCAAGAAGUGAGGGAAAAAUUUCUUAAUAAAUCAACAAAAAACAUAGCUGUCAAUUCAUAUUUACAACUUCAUAAUUCUGAACAUACAUAUGAUAAUUUCUUUGUUUUGGGAGAUUUAGUGGAUUUCAAUAUUAUUAAAUCUGCAGGUUGGGCCAUGUAUAUGGGUAGACAAACUGCUCAUAACCUCACCAGUUUGAUAUUUGACAGUAAACUUGUUGAACCCUUACCUGAUUUAAGUUCAAUCCCAUUUGGUAUGGUCUUGAUUACGGGUAACAAUGAGAUAAUAAGUGAAUUAUCAGGGGUUGUUGAACUCAACAACGAAGCUUACGUUCAAGAAUAUAAAGACUACUGUGUAGGUAAGGUUAGAGUAACUUUGGAUAUGUAA